UUUUGCCGGAGAAUAGAAUCGGAGUAGGCAGGGUCUGGGUGCAGAGGCAGAAUUGCACCGUACUACGUCUGGGAAUAUUCGUGCACGGUGGAGAACGCGCCUCACAGCACCUCUGCUUUGAAUAGUAGUUACCAUCCUAGGGUGUCUGUGUGAUGCCCCUUACUAGCGGGUCCCCUCCCAGUGUGUGAUGCAUCAUGGCUCCGGUGCUGAGUGCCUUGUGGGAACUGGGGGUCGUGGGGUCAGGGGAUUCCACGACGACGUCCUUAGGCAACGAGCAGCUGGUCCUAGUGGGCACUCUGAUGACCGUCUCUGUCUUCUUGCUGCUCUCACUGCUACUGCUGCUGUGUGCAGGCUGCCAGGGGCCAAAGAAGUCAAAUGGCCGCCCAGUAGCCCACGAGAACCUCAUGAAUGGAGUGUCUGAGAGAGAGACGUUUACUGGUAGUCAGUCUGUGGACAGCCCAGGGACUGACCUAUUGGUGAGCAGCUCACACAACGGCCCACUAACCAGUGGUACAGUGUUGACAGACACCCAGGACAGCAGUCCCCAGCCCUCUGAGGAGAUGCUGUCCAGUCAGUCAGAACUGCGAAGCUCCAAGUGUCCCCAGGACCGCGAGCUGCCCAGCAUCCCACCCAACAGCACCCUGGAGGGGAUGGGAUCUUCCAGUGGACCCCUUCUCCCUCCCUCUGGAGACGGCACCUACGAGGUGGUGAAGGAGAGAGGUGGCGACUUGACGGCGUCCCGGGACGUGAGCGUUGAAGACUCCCUGUACGAGACGGUCAAAGAGCUGAAGGACCAUCCUGUAAGCAUGGCUGCAGGUCUACCCAACGCUCACGGUACUACGUCUUCCCUCAGCCCUGAUGACAAUGACAUUUCCCACAACCACCUCCCACCUCCCAACCCUCCAGCCCUCCACAACGGCCACCUCAGCCCCGGCACCCCAGAGCGGGGGCCCCUGUGCGCGGGAGUGGAGUACGCCUCAGUGGAUCUGAACAAGAAGAGCCGUUUUAGUGCAGACCUGGAGACCAGGCGCUCAGCCACCAUCACUGCUGCUGUGAACCCCACAGAGGACCCCGAGGAGGAAGACAGACCCCCGCCUAUACCUGACAAGGUGCUGGAUGAGAACGACAACCAGCCUACCAUGAUGGACGCAGGAGCGGUGCACAACGGAGAGUUAGACUUUCCGCUGUCUACCUCACCGGGGCGAGACAACCCUGUGGUGUCAGAGAGCGAGCUGUCAGACAUGUACACCACGGUGGGGAAGCCAGGUCGAGAUGUGGAGGAGAAGGAGAGUGACUACAGCAGCAUUGCUGAUAUCAAGGGUCUGGUCCCAGAGUAUUCCUCCAGUGAUCUCUACGCUACCGUCAGGGACAUCUACCCCCAGCCCAGAGAGGAGGAGUCAGACCCCCAGGGACCCCCCACAGAGAGCAUCGAGCCUGGCUACGAGAUCAUCCACAUCCCUAAGACUGGUAGUGGAGAGGACUUGGGGCUGGGGAACCAGGUUCAGGAGCCAGACUAUGAGAGUGUAGGUGAGCUAGCCCUGGGGUUGAACAGGGAGAGCUCCCGUCUCUGACUGCCUAUGGGCCCUAAAGCCUGAGUAUCUGGGGCCUCGCCCUCCACCCCAGCCAUUAACCUCACUCCUAGCCUCAACCUCAACCCGAGCCAUUAACCUCACUCCUAGCCUCACCCUCAACCCGAGCCAUUAACCUCACUCCUAGACUCACCCCCAACCCUCAACCAGAGCCAUUAGCCUAACUCCUAGCCUCAACCUCAACCCGAGCCAUUAACCUCACUCCUAGCCUCAAACUCAACCCGAGCCAUUAGCCUAACUCCUAGCCUCACCCUCAACCCCAGCCAUUAACCUCACUCCUAGCCUCAACCUCAACCCGAGCCAUUAGCCUAACUCCUAGCCUCACCCUCAACCCCAGCCAUUAACCUAACUCCUAGCCUCACCCUCAACCCCAGCCAUUAGCCUAACUCCUAGCCUCACCCUCAACCCCAGCCAUUAACCUAACUCCUAGUCUCACCCUCAACCCCGCCAUUACCCUAACUCCUAGCCUCACCCUCAACCCCAGCCAUUAGCCUAACUCCUAGCCUCAACCCCAGCCAUUAACCUAACUCCUAGCCUCACCCUCAACCCCAGCCAUUAGCCUAACUCCUAGCCUCAACCCCAGCCAUUAGCCUAACUCCUAGCCUCACCCUCAACCCCAGCCAUUAGCCUAACUCCUAGUCUCACCCACAACCAGCAGCCAUUAGCCUAACUCCUAGCCUCAACCCCAGCCAUUAGCCUACCUCCUAGCCUCAACCCCAGCCACUAGCCUAACUCCUAGUGUCACCCACAACCAGCAGCCAUUAGCCUAACUCCUAGCCUCAACCCCAGCCAUUAGCCUACCUCCUAGCCUCAACCCCAGCCAUUAGCCUAACUCCUAGUCUCACCCUCAACCAGCAGCCCUGAUGUGAGGGCCACCACCACAUGGGUUUGAACUACAACCUUAAACCCCACCAUCUAUCACCAAUUCAGGGUUUCCGCUCACUGCCCCCUCAGUGCAGUUUGGGUGCGCCCACCGCCCAAGGUUAUCUGAUUGAACUAUAAUCUUAACUCGCCCUCGUCCAUUCCUGGUGCCCUUAAAUUACAAUGUACGCAGGGUGCUGUCAUUUCAUUGAUAUCUGAACUAUGAAAUCACCGUCCAUUGUCACGUUAUUGGCCUCUGUCCUCUUUGUUAUCAUCGACUGCUGUCAAUGUGGGAAGGGAAAGGAUAUUAUUAAAUGCACUAGAUUAUCCAUCACCAUCAUAAUCACUUUAUCAGACUACAGUGAUCCAUUCCUAGGCAUUUAUAACCAGUCAUUACAAAUUUUGUUAAUGUUAUAAGGCUGGUGACAAGCUGACUGGCCAGUUACAUUUGUCAGUGCCUUUUGAUUGAAAACCACUGAGUCUUUGUGCCAUAAUGUCGUUCUAUAAAGGUAUAAGUUAAAGGUUUCCGCACAAUGUAGUGCCACUUUUUAUAUCAUCCGUUCUUCCUUCCUAGUGCCCCGUUUCAUUCAGAACUUCAUGAGAGAUAUGAUAGAUAUGACAGAUAUGACAGAUAUCAGAGAUAUGGGCGAUAUGAGAGCUAUGACAGAUAUCAGAGAUAUGGGCGAUAUGAGCGAUAUGACAGAUAUGACAGAUAUCAGAGAUAUGGGCGAUAUGAGAGAUAUGACAGAUAUGACAGAUAUCAGAGAUAUGGGCGAUAUGAGAGAUAUGAGAGAUAUCAGAGAUAUGAGAGAUAUGACAGAUAUCAGAGAUAUGGGCGAUAUGAGAGAUAUGACAGAUAUCAGAGAUAUGAGAGAUAUGACAGAUAUCAGAGAUAUGGGCGAUAUGAGAGAUAUGACAGAUAUCAGAGAUAUGUGAGAUAUGACAGAUAUCAGAGAUAUGUGAGAUAUGACAGAUAUCAGAGAUAUGUGAGAUAUGACAGAUAUCAGAGAUAUGUGAGAUAUGUGUACUUACUAUUGAAAAAAUAAGUAGCAGCAAGUCAGGCAGUUUAGACAUCUAAACUCUCAAAUAAAACGGCUUGUUUUAGUUUCUAAAGCAUUUAAAAAACAUCUCACAUGGCAACCGUUUGAUCAAAUUCCUAUUUAUUUCAAGAUGAUGUAUCAUUGUGUGAUUUAAAGGAUAUCAGGAAGGGUGUUUGUUUAAGAGGGAAACUUUAAGAGCUUUUGUUCAGUACAUGGGAUAAAAAGAAGAAGAAGUGGGUUGCCGUGGUAAUAAAGAAGUAGUCAAGGUACUCAUAAAUGAUUGUGACUUUUUAAAAAGGACUUAUUUGUUCAAAAACAAGACAAACAAUGGUUAGACCGUAUCUAUCAAUGUUGUGAUUUCUUCUUAAAAUCUUGUUAGAAUUGUUCAACUCAGUUGUUUUUCUUUUUUAUAUUUCUUCACAGGAUUCAAAAUGUAUUUAAAAUACUUGUAUUCUCUCAAUGUGACAAUAUGCAACAGCAAAACUGUGUGUUUUAAUGCAUCUGAGUUGAUGAAGGUGUAUAUUAUGUGUUUGAAUGGAGUGUUUAUGUUUCUGCUUACCCUAUUGUACGGUCUGUAUUAAUAUGUUCGAAAAUUAUUCUAAAGCACAAAGUGUCAAAAUACGUUAUGGUACAGCUUAUGUACAGAGCUUAUAGCAGCUUCACCCUAAAUACACUGAGUGGACAAAACAUUAGGAAUACCUUCCUAAUAUUGAGUUACACCCCUUUUUGCCCCCAGAACAGCCUCAAUUCAUCAGGGCUUGAUACACACAGGAAAUUGUUGAGCGUGAAAAACCCAGCAGUGUUGCAGUUCUUGACACACUCAAACCGGUGCAGCUGGCGCCUACUACCAUACCCUGUUUAAAGGCACUUCCAUUUUUUGUCUUGCACAUUCACCCUCUAAAUGGCACACAUACUGUACACAAUCCAUGUCUCAAUUGUCUCAAGGCUUAAAAAUCCUUCUUUAACCUGUCUCCUCCCCUUCAUCUACACUGAUUGAAGUGGAUUUAACAAGUGACAUUAAUAAGGGAUCAUAGCUUUCACCUGGCCAGUCUAUGCCAUGGGAAGAGCAUGUUCCUAAUGUUUUGUUCACUCAGUGUAUAUACCCCUUCAUGGGCACAAUUUGAAUAUUUUAACUAGCACUAUUACAGCAGCGUGUGACGACAUGCCAACCGAGGCCUGUAUAUAGUUAGAGGACUAUUUUAACCAUUUAUUACACAGUUAUUGUAUGAAUUUGCAAAUGGUAAAGUAUAUUUUGUAGUAUGUAUGACUGUGAUGUGGACUGGUUUAUAGUGGCUUGAAGCCAGCUACAGUACAGUAAAUCCAUGGUGUCAUUUGAAGGGUAUAAAAUAGGAAAAGUGUGGCCCUCAGUCGGACUGUGACCCAACUACUGUUGAUAAGAUACCGUUUGUGAUUGAAUGGUGGCUCACAAAUGUUUUGAGUUGUGUAUUCUGUUUAAUUAACAGGACACCAACCCAUUGGUUAUUUUGUUCUGUCAUUUUAUUAAUAUGGUACAUUGUGGUGUUUUAAAGCUUUUUAAAACAUGAAGGUUAAAGCUGCUACUUUUAUUCUUAAAAAGAACAGAAAAUUAAUUAAUGUCUGAAUGAAUAUUGUUGUGUGGUGUUUAUUUUCAGACUAACCGAGUAAAUUCUGACUGUGAAUAACUAGCUAUUGCAUUGAGGAUAUCUAUAUUCGACAAGAAAAUUUGCUUAUUUUCCAUCCCAUUUCUCUGUUAUCUCAAUAUUGCACAUUAUUGUUGUACGCCGUGUGAGUGAGUGCAUAUUUCAUUAAACAUGUUUGAGUUUG